UUUGACGAUGCUAGGGGAAAGUAGGAAACAUCCGUUAUCUCUGAAAUUUAAAGGCCAAGUCUUAAUGGUCAACUGGGAGUAUUGCUCGUAAAUUGUCCGCUUGUUUCCCAUCCUCUUCUUUGCUGUUCUUUCUUCUGUGGUUCUCUUCCGAGUUCCAUCAUCAGAAAAUAUCUAAACAAACACACACAUACGGAUAAUAUGCAUAUCUGUACAUAUAUAGAUACUUAUAUUUGUGCUCUAACAUUUCUGCAGAUUUGUUAGAAGUUGAAGUUUUGGUCGACUUAGAGCUUUUUCAUAUUUUUGCUUUGAAUGGAACGAGUGCAGCUGCUUAGGAACUUGUGGUAACAUUAUCUGGGAAGGGAUUGAGUCAAAUCAUAAUUAUUGACAUAACAACAGAAUUAGACUGCAAGAUGAUAUCCGAUUAAGCCACCUUGCCCUCUCCGUAAGGGAAUGAAAAAGUCAAGUUCAUUGUCUGUCAGGUUGGUGUCAGGCGAAAGAAGAAGAGAGGAAGAAGAAAGGGGUCCUAUAACUCCUUUGGCCUAGAGAGACAGCACAGAAAACAUAGAGCACAGUUAAUGGGGAAGUACAGUGAUAUCUUUAGCUCAUCAUUUCUUGUGCUUUUUAACAUCCUCUUCAUUUUUCCGGCAUGUUGUGCAUCAAAUGACACCAUAACUCCAUCCCAACCACUCAAGGUUGGACAAACUCUAAUCUCCGCUGGGCAAAUCUUUGAACUAGGAUUCUUCAGUCCAGAUAAUUCAAGUGGAUUGUAUGUUGGAAUCUGGUACAAGAUUGGUCCUGAUCGUAGAAUUGUUUGGGUUGCAAACAGAGGAAACGCACUCUCAGCUAGUGACUUGGCUUCAAGGCUGAUAAUCAGCAGUGACGGGAAUCUAAAGGUUGAAGAUGGAAAGCAAAACAGUGUCUGGUCAACAAAUGCUUCUGUCCCAUUAAAUAGCUCUAUAGCGGUGCUUCAAGAUGAUGGGGACUUCAUCCUUAAAGAUAACCUUUUAGGGGCGACUCUAUGGGAAAGCUUUUCUGAUCCCUCUGAUACACUUAUAGCAACCAUGCCGCUUGGAUGUUGCAGCAGGAGUGGACAGAAAUUGUUCUUGACAGCUUGGCAAAGUGAGAACGAUCCAGCACCUGGAAAGUUUGUUGUUGGACUUUCAGAUGACAAACCAGCACAGCUUUUCACAUGGAAUGGUACAAAACCAUACUGGAGAUCAGGUCCAUGGAAUGGAUGGAAGUUCAUUGGUGCAGAAGUUAAGGAUAGUGGGUAUGGAAGUGGAGUAAGUCUGACUCAAAACAAUCAGAUGGGAAAACCAUCUCUGACUUUCAACCUUUUCAACAAGCCACACAUUACAAAUUUGGUUGUUUCACCAACAGGUGUGAUGGAGGUAAUGCAUAAGGAAGGACAAAAUGUACCAUGGAAGGUGCUUUGGGCAGCAAUUCAAACUCCAUGCGAUGUAUAUGGAGCUUGUGGACCCUUCAGUGCUUGUAGCAGCAGUGGAUCUCCAACUUGUGAGUGCCUAAAAGGGUUCUUUCCGUUGUCAAAUGAGGAAUGGAGUAAGGGAAAUUGGACAAGUGGAUGUUUGCGGCGUACAGAGUUGAUGUGCAGUACGAAUAGUAGCAACUUAACAUCUAAAGCAUCUAAACCGGAUGGCUUCUGGAAGCUCAUUCAGAUGAAAUUACCAGAUCAUCAUCUGUUUCUUUACAAUGAAGAUGCCCAAGGGUGUAGCCAAUGGUGCCUGAGUAACUGCUCUUGUUUGGCAUAUGCAUAUCCAGAUGGAAUCGGGUGUAUGGUUUGGGUAACAGAGCUUGUGGACAUUCGGCAAUCCUCGUACGGUGGAGAGGAUCUAUAUCUUCGGGUCGCUAAUUCAGAGCUAGGAGUAAAAAGAAGAUAUACCAAGGUCAUCAUCAGCUGCGUAGCUAUAGCAGUCGGCUUCCUCUUGGUCGUGUCAAUAUGUCGUGUUCAAAGAUGGAAAGCAAAGAGAAGAGUUAUGCAUACAGACACACCUCUCAAUGAAAAAAAUUCAGAGACAAGAAAUUGGUGCACGAUAAAGGGCUUCAGAAAAAACUGCAGAGUGGUCGGUCUCCUUCUGUCCGGGAAUAGGGGUACUUUGAGAGAGACUACACGAGAGGAUAUCAAGGAAGGACCUGCCUUAGCCAGGGGGUCCUCGUCGGAGCUUUCGAUGAUCGAUAUUAAUAUGAUAAAAAUAGCUACCAACAACUUCAGUGAAGCUAACAAGUUAGGUGAAGGAGGAUUUGGCACAGUUUACAAGCUGAAUUCCAUGCAGGGGAAAUUAGAAGAUGGACAGCAAAUAGCUGUGAAAAGGCUUUCACGUCACGCAGGGCAAGGCAUGGAGGAGUUCAAGAAUGAGGUCAUACUGGUAUCUAAACUUCAGCACAGGAACCUUGUAAGGCUGCUGGGUUGCUGCAUUCAAGGAGAAGAAAAGAUAGUAAUUCUUGAAUACCUGAAAAAUAGAAGCUUGGACACAUUCCUCUUCGAUCGAACAAGAAGGUUGGAGCUAGACUGGGGGAAACGGUUCCACAUAAUUCAGGGCAUUGCCAGAGGGCUUCUAUACCUCCAUAGAGAUUCUUGUUUGAGAAUCAUUCACAGAGAUUUGAAGGCCAGCAACAUUCUCUUGGACGAUGACAUGAACCCCAAAAUCUCAGACUUUGGGCUGGCACGACCUUUCCGAGUUACACAAGAACAAGCUAAUACCCGCAGAGUGGUGGGAACAAUGGGCUAUAUGUCUCCCGAAUAUGCCAUGGGAGGCCUCUUCUCAGAAAAGUCUGACGUUUAUAGCUUUGGAGUUUUGUUACUAGAGAUUGUCAGCAGCAAGAAGAACACGGGGCUUGGUUUUCACGAAAAGUACUUGAACCUUCUUGGUUAUGCGUGGCAAUUGUGGAAUGAAUGUAAAGCUGCAGAAUUGCUGGAUCAGUCACUUGCUGAUUCUUGCACCCCAUCAGAAGUAAUGAGAUGCAUUCAAAUUGGACUCCUUUGUGCUCAAGACCAUGCUAAAGAUCGGCCUACAAUGUCGAAUGUGGUUCUCAUGCUAAGCGGUUCAGAGAGCGAAAUGGGACUUCCUCUACCAAGACAACCAAAGUUUACGUUUCAGAGCUUGCUAGAAUAUAAUCAUUUUCAAGCAGGAGUUUCAGCAUUCAAUGGUUCCAUAAAUGAUGUUACUAUUUCAGUGGUUGAAGGUCGAUUAUAUUGUGCACCAAAUGACUCCAUAACUCCAUCCCAACCACUUAAGGUAGGACAAACUCUCAUCUCCACUGGACAAAUCUUUGAAUUAGGCUUCUUCAGUCCUGGUAAAGCAAGUGAACUGUAUAUUGGAAUCUGGUACAAGAUUGAUCCCGAUCGUAGAAUUGUUUGGGUCGCAAACAGAGGAAAUGCACUCUUAGCAGAUGACCUGGCUUCAAGGCUGAUAAUCAGCAGUGAUGGGAAUCUAAAGCUUAUGGAUGGAAAGCAAGAUAUUGUCUGGUCAACAAAUGCUUCUGUCCAGUCUAAUACCACAAUUGCAGUGCUUACAGAUGAUGGAGAUUUCAUCCUUAAAGAUAAGAUUUCAGGGGCAACUCUGUGGGAAAGCUUUUAUUAUCCUUCUGAUACAAUUUUAGCAACCAUGCAGUUAGGAUUCAACGGCAGAAGUGGUCAGAAAAGUUUCUUGACAUCAUGGGAAAAUGAUAAGGAUCCAGCACCUGGAAAGUUUGUCGUUGGACUUUCAGACGAGAAACCACCACAAGCUUUCACAUGGAAUGGUACCAAACCAUAUUGGAGAGGAGGUCCAUGGGAUGGAUGGAAGUUCAUUGGAAUUGAAGAUGAGGAUAAGGGGUAUGCAAAUGGAAUAAGUCUGACAACAAAUAAUCAAAUAGGAGCCUCAUGUAUGACUUUCAACAAUUUUAACAAGUCCUACAUAUCAAUUAUGGUAAUUUUACCAACAGGUAUGUUGGAGAUACUGCACUGGGAAGGACAACAAAAUCAGUGGAACGUGUCUUGGGCAGCACCUCAGCAUCCAUGUGACGUAUAUGGAACUUGUGGACCCUUCAGCUCUUGUAGCAAGAGUCGCUCUCCACCUUGUGAGUGCCUGAAAGGGUUCUUCCCGUUGUCUAAUGAGGAAUGGAGUAAGGGAAAUUGGACAAGUGGAUGCGUGAGGGGUACACAGCUGAUGUGUGAUGGAAACAGUAGCAACUUAAUCUCCAAAGCAUCUAAACCGGAUGGCUUCUGGAAGCUCAGUCAUAUGAAAUUACCAGAUCAUUAUCUGUAUUUGUAUGAUGAGACUGACCAAGGGGGGUGUAGCCAAUGGUGCCUGAGUAACUGCUCUUGUCUGGCAUAUGCAUGUCCAGAUGGUAUAGGGUGUAUGGUUUGGGUGACAGAUCUUGUUGACAUUCAGCAAUUCUCAAAUGAUGGGGAAGAUUUGUAUCUCCGCCUUGCUAAUACAGAGCUAGGAGUAAAAAAGCGAUACACAGCAACCAUCAUCAGCGUCUUAUCUAUAUCGGUUGGUUCACUCUUGGGCUUGUUGAUAUGUUGUGUUAAGAGAUGGAGAGCAAACAGAAGAGCUACAGCACUUAGGCAUUCAGACACUCAUAUCCGUGAACAAAAGUCAGAGACAAGUAAACGGUGCAUAAUGAAGGGCUUCAGGAUAAAGUGCAUGGUAAAGGGUCUCUUUGUGUCCGAGAGAAAGGGCACUGUGAGAGAUAUUUCGCAAGAAGAUGUCCAGGAAGGUCCUGCAUCAGCAAAGCGGUCAUCCGAGCUUCCAAUUAUUGAUUUCAAAAGGGUAAAGAGAGCUACCAACAACUUCAGUGAAGCUAACAAGCUUGGUGAAGGAGGAUUCGGUGCAGUUUACAAGGGGAAAUUAGAAGAUGGACAGCUAAUAGCCGUGAAAAGGCUUUCAAGUCACUCAGGACAAGGCAUGGAGGAGUUCAAGAAUGAGGUUAUGUUGAUAUCUAAACUUCAGCACAGAAAUCUUGUAAGGCUGUUGGGUUGCUGCAUUCAAGGAGAAGAAAAGAUAGUCAUUCUUGAAUACAUGAAAAACAAAAGCUUGGACAAAUUCCUUUUUGACCGAACAAAAAGGUUGGAGCUAGAUUGGGCGAAACGGUUCAACAUAAUUCAGGGCAUUGCCAGAGGGCUUCUAUACCUCCAUCGAGAUUCUUGUUUGAGAAUCAUUCACAGGGAUUUGAAGGCCAGCAAUAUUCUCUUGGAUGAUGACAUGAACCCCAAAAUCUCAGACUUUGGGCUGGCACGAACAUUCCGAGUCACCCAAGAACUAGCUAACACUCUCAGAGUUGUGGGAACUUUCGGUUAUAUGUCUCCAGAAUAUGCCAUGGGAGGCCUCUUUUCAGAAAAAUCUGAUGUUUAUAGCUUCGGAGUUUUGCUGCUAGAGAUUGUCAGCAGCAAGAAGAACACUGGUUUUGGAUAUCAUGAAAAAUAUUUGAACCUUCUUGGUUAUGCAUGGCAAUUGUGGAACGAGUGUAAAGCUCCAGAAUUGCUGGAUCCAUCACUGGCAGAUUCUUGCACCCCAGCAGAAGUAAUGAGAUGCAUUCAAAUUGGACUUCUUUGUGUUCAAGACCAUGCUGCAGAUCGGCCUACGAUGUCAAAUGUGGUUCUGAUGCUAAGCAGUUCUGAGAGCGAAAUGGAACUUCCUCAACCAAGACAACCAACAUUUACGUUUCAAAGCUUGCUAGAAUCCGAGCAUUUUCAAUCAGGGGUUUGCACGUUCAAUGUUUCCACAAAUGAAGUUAGUAUUUCAUUGGUUGAAGGUCGAUGA